GGGUCGUCGAAUUGCGGGGGUGAGGGGAAGGCAGGAAGAGAAGCAAGAAGAUGUCGGCUAGAUUGCUGAAGAAAGUUUUGAAAGAACAAGAGCAACGGAGUCAGCAAUUCAUAGCUGAAGAAGAAGAUGAUGACGAGCAGCAGCUGAGCGGCGAUGAAUCGGAGUCUUCAGAUUCGGGCACUCGUUCUUUGAAGAACCCGUUCGACCUGCUCAACGAGGACGAUGAAGAGGACAACCCCGAUCAGGUAGAGGAGCGUGAAGUUGCUGAUGAGACCUCAGGUGGAAAACAACGAGUUCCUGUGAUGAAAAAUACUACUUCACAAGCUUCUGAUAACAAAUCAAAGAAAAAGAAGAAAAAGAAAAGCAAGGGUGGUUCUUUGAAUUCGGAUAAAUCUGAAAAAUCAUUGGAUGCUGCUUUAGAAAUUUUAUCUUUAGAUGUAAGUUCGUCUGAGCCUCAGUCUGACCCUGUGAAAACCAAAUCAGAAAAUGCUAAAGUUUGUGACAAUCUUGUCAAACGAACUGGCUACUCUAUAUUACAAGUGGAUCCCAAACAUCUUAACGCUGAAAAUGAGCUGAAGAGAAUUUUUGGUUCUAAGGUUGUGAAAUCAUUUGAGAAAAGCAAUCAAAGCAGUGGUCAAAGACAGAUACGUGGAGGAAGGCGUGGAAGUCAUCACAUUAGAAAGACUGUUCUGGUAUCUCCAUUAGACCAUUGGCCUCGUUGGGAUGGGUCUUUUUCUAUGGAACUUUUGGAAACCAAGGAUGGGUAUAAUUACUUCAGAUACAUACACUCAUCUUCCUAUGGUCAAGCACAGAGAGCAUUUGAAGCUGCACAGGCUAUUCAUGAUCUGAAUGGUGUAGCAAGUGUUCUGAUGCAUCAUCCAUAUCACUUAGAUUCACUUCUAACGAUGGCAGAUUAUUUUAAAUUUGUGGGAGAGCAUCAGAUGUCAGCAGAUUCUAUUGCAAAGUGUUUAUAUGCCUUGGAAUGCGCAUGGCAUCCUAUGUUCACCCCCUUUCAGGGUAACUGCCAGUUGAAGUACAGUCAUGAUGCAAACAAGCCAUUGUUCAAAGCACUUUUCAUUCACAUGAAAAACAUGGACAGACGUGGCUGUCAUCGUUCUGCACUGGAGGUUUGCAAAUUGUUGCUUUCACUCGAUUUGGAUGAUCCAAUGGGAGCUAUGUUCUGCAUUGACUACUUUGCUCUUAGAGCUGGGGAGUAUGCAUGGUUAGAACAAUUUUCUGAAGAAUAUAAAAGUGACAACUCCUUAUGGUUGUUCCCAAACUUCUCAUAUUCCCUUGCUGUUUGCCAGUUUUAUCUUGAGAGAGAGGACUCCUCAGUUGAUGCUUGUCAGGAUACUUCAAAGGCUACUUCUGCUGAUCUUAUGAAUCAGGCUUUGAUGCUUCAUCCUGCAGUCCUUAAGAAGCUCGUAAACAAGGUUCCCUUAAAAGAUCAGGCAUGGACAAAUAUACUCAAAAGUUCCUUUUUUCGCUCUGAUCAAACCGGGGUUGCAUCCUUGGAUCACCUGAUUAAUAUUUAUGUAGAGAGAAAUUAUCUCAUAUGGAGGCUUCCAGAUCUGCAAAGAUUACUUCGUGAUGGUGCACAGCUUGUCAUUGAGUCACUGGAACACAAUAGAAAUGGUGCUAAAGAUUGGGCUUGUGUGAGAAAAGAAGCAUUCUCAUCUGGGAAAAAUGAGUAUUCUCAUUUGCUGGUUCAGGAUUUUUCUGACACGGUACCAACCCUUCCACCUGAUAACCUGCAAAACUUUAUGGUUGACCCAAGGGCAGGUUUGCAGAUUGGCAACUUGGUUCCUGAUCCAGUUAAUGCUGGCCAUGCUCCACCACCAACGGACAUUGCAAAUCGCAAUCCAUUGGUUGUUUUGAUUGAAUCAAUGCUACCAUGGGUGAAUUAUGGUGAUGCAGGAGAUGUUGUGGGUAUUGAUGUAAAUCAGCAUAAUGGACAAGCCCGAGAUGAUGAAAAUGAUUGAGCGUCUGUAUUAUGAAGGGUUGAUAGAAAACUUUUUACAGCAUUGUAUCCAAUUAUUAUAAUGUUUCUGAUAUAUACGUUCCCCUUGGAAAUCAAAUGACAUUUCGGCAAAGAAAAUAGCUCUUCCAUGUAUAAAGGGAUGCCAAGACAAAUCACAAAUUUCAUUCUUGGUUAUCUUGAGAAUUUUGUAGACAUUGUCGAACAUCAUGUAGGAACUGAUUCACUUUACAUUUUUCAUAGCACUUGGAAUGAUAGAGGGAACAUUUCCAUUUUGCUGGUAUUGUUUCUUUUAUCAUAGCUUUCGUUCAUGGUUUCUCGAACUUGCAUGCUUAAAGAACUACAUCGUAAACACCAAGGAUCAGCUAUCCAUAAACCCUGUGAAACAUGUUCCAUAUACCUAGUUU